AUGCCUUCCUUCCACAUGUCGACUCAGAACAUCAAGGACACUUUGGCUCCUCGCGAGACCAACGGUCACGUUGUCUUUCUGAAGAAACUUCACUGGUUGAAGAAGGAAUCACAGGUAGAAGCCUACGUCGACGAAAUCAUUCGCCCGCGUCAGGUCGAAUACUACUGGCCAGAAAAGGAUGACAGAGCAAAGAAGGCCAAGCAGCAGAACAUGGGCUAUGUUUGGAUCCGCCUGCCUCUUCAGAACAGACAUCCCACGGGCAGACCGCACCACACGCCUCCAAUCAACACGCCUUCAGCUUCAACAGCUCUUCCUCCUGCGUCGGACUCUCAUCUCACGUCCGAAGACCCGGCAUGUGAUACCGCCUACAUGAGACUAUCCCACGCUACCACGACGCCUGGAAACACUCCUGCCGCCAAUUUUGCCAAUAUCAAACUCAUCAUGACCGGUGAUGCCCUUGUGGAUUCCCAGCCUCAGAACGAGGGAGGUGGUCCUACUGGGGAGGAUAGCGCGUCAGAAUCCGCGGAAGAGGAUUCGUACUCUGACGUCGAAUCUCUCGGCCUAGACUUGUCCUAG